AACCAGUUAACCAGUGAUAAAACGUGCCUGAAAACGCGACGCAGAACAAAUAGAGAAACCGAGAAACGGAAGAAGCAGCAGCGGAAUAAUCAACAAAGGCGGCAAACAUGGCGACCGAAAUCGACGAGCUCAUCGAGAAGCUAAAGACGACCAGCGUCAGUUCGGCGAACACGACAGAUCUACUCUGUGAGAUCUCGGCCACCAAGGAUCCCAAACUGUUCGACAAGCAUGAGCUGGCCGAUUGCUUCCUGGGCCUGACCAAGUGCGAAGACACCAAUGUGCGAAAGGAGGCGGCUAAGUGCAUCGCGGAGAUCACCAAGUCGGAGGUGCAGCGCAAGAAGUUCACCAAGCGCGACAUAAUCGCCGCCUUUCUCGAGUGCCUGCGUCACGUGCCGACGCCUGAUGGCAGCAUGGAGCUGCCCAUACAGAUAUGUCGGGCUCUGGGGAACAUCUGCUACUUGAACGACGAGGCCAGGGAUCUAAUCCUGGAGCUAGAGGGCGAUGCUGUCCUGCUGCGUCUGCUGGACAUCGCAACCAUUGAGGACGAGGCCAAUGCGGCGCAGUUCAUCAAGGUGCGGGGUGGCCUGCUGUCCAACUAUCUGCUUGGAGGCGAGGGCCUGGCCAAGCGGGCCAUGGAGCUGGGCGUGAUGAAGAAGCUGCAGGGCAUCAUCGAUUCUGGAGCGGCCAAUGUGGAACAGCACGAGGAUCUGCUGCUGAACACGCUUCCUUUGCUUAGCAUACUCACCGAGAACGUGGCAGAUCUGAACUUCGAUUCCUCACUGAACAUUCAACUGUCGCGCAUUCUGGCCGCUUCCACAAAUCCCGAUCUGGCCGAGAUGUGCCUGGAGCUGCUGCACUACCAGGCGGAGAGCGAUGAGGUCAAGCUGAUUUUGGCCAAGGACGGUCUGUGCGAGACCAUCUACAACCUGCUGGAGAAGUACAAGACUCUGGCCAGCACAAGUGAGGCCAGGGCGCUAAUGAAGCUAGCCUGCGAGCUCAUCGUAUUAAUCCUCACUGGUGACGAAUCAAUGCACUAUCUGUAUACGACCCCCCUGCUGAAGAACAUGGUCGACUGGCUGGACUCGACUGACAUUGAUCUACUGACCACCGGCGUGCUGGCCCUGGGCAACUUUGCGCGCACCGAUAGCCACUGCAUCUACUUUGUGGAGCAGCAGACCAUGAACAAGCUGCUCGAAGUUCUGGCCAAAAACAACGGCGUCAAGGACGAUGUGCGUCUGCAGCAUGCUCUCCUCUCCGCUUUGCGCAACCUGGUUAUCCCGAAGCCGAACAAGAACGCAGUGAUCCAGGCGGGCCUGGUGCAGACCAUCUUGCCGAUGUUGGAGAUCCAUCAGCCACCAGUCGUCUUCAAGCUGCUGGGCACGCUUCGCAUGACGGUCGACGGGCAGGAGAAACUCGCCUUGGAGCUGCUGAAGAACAAGACGCUGAUCGAGCAGCUGGUGCACUGGAGCAAAUCAUCAGACUAUGCGGGCGUCACCGGGGAGUCGCUGCGUCUCAUGGCCUGGCUAAUUAAGCACGCCUACCUCAGCAAGAUCGCCUACGCUCUGCCGCGCAAGGGCGACGCACCCGCCGAACAGAUUGCCGAUAGGAUUCCGCUCACACAGGACUACGAUCGCAGUAGCCUGAGCGAGUUCCUCGCCAACGAGGGCACCGUGGAGGCCAUGGUCAGCAUGCUCACUGCCCAGCACCUGGUGAUGCAGAACGAAGCGCUGAUUGCCCUGUGCAUCCUGUCCGUGGUCUACCUGUCGCAGGCGAACGAGGCGGCGCAGGCUCAGCGGCUGCAGGACGAGCUGGUCAAGUGCGAGGUGGGCAAGAAGCUGGCCGAGCUCAUCAGCAAGUCGUCGGACACCAUGACCAAGGAGAUAGUCGAGAACCUCCAGAACUGCGUCAACCUUCUCAAGUCUUCCGAGCAGCUGGUGGCGCAUCUGGAGCAGCACAACAUCAACGAACUGCUGAAGUCUAUACCCAUUCUCACCGAAUACUGCACCUUGUAAGGGAAACGGGGGCGUGGCAUUGCAUUUAUCCCAGCACCGCAGGUUGCCUCACAGUAGGAUGGGUCGAUUUGUAUGGUUGCAGAAAAGCACAAACACCUUAGGGGCGAACAAUUAUCUUUGGACAAUGCUUUGCUAUUUCCCUAUAGCUACUGCAGGUCGAAAGCAAGAAGGCUUUGUUAUAUAAACCAAAAGAAACCCCGGUACUUGUGUAGGUCUAAAAUCGUAACUUUUAACUUUUAGAGCAAUUUUUAUUGAAUUGUAAAAACUCUGGAGAUUCAGAACUAAUGUUGUAUUACCCAAAAUUGCCAAAGAUAACGUUUCGCUCCUAUUGUUCCGUGUUUUUUAAAAAUCAACCCACCCUUAUCCACACACAACACACACUCAAAACCGGAGGAAAUAGUAGUUUUCACCCCAGAGCAACGAUUCAGAUGUAGACUUGACUGUAGUUUGGUAAGACGAACGUGCAGCCCCAGAAAUUAAGCACACUUCAACACGCGAACACGAGAUGAGCGGAAUGUAUUUUUUAGACGCAAGCGUAUUUUGACUGCAUUUAUGAGGAGGAUCCGAUAGAGAGGGGGGAGAACCACAAAUCGUAUAAAUAUUUAUAAUAUACAUAACAUAUACGUAUAAAUAUAAUAAUAUUAAUAAUUUAGCAUAUUAAUCUUUUCUGUUACAUGAUUUUUAAGAGCACAAUAACAACAAAUCGUGGUGAUAUCGCUAAAUAUAUUUAAUAAAUGUAUUUUACGUAUUGUA